CAUUUCAAUCAAACAAAAGUAAACCAAGUAUGGGAGCUAUAACCACACAAGUUUACAAGAGUUUGGAGUCAUAUUGGAGGCAUAGAAACUACAAGAGGAUUGAAGAGUCACCGGAGAAGAAGAAGAGAGAAGUCCGGCUAGGCGAUGGACGGCGAAGCCAUCGCCCGAGAGUAAAGGUGGCAAGGCUAACUUUUAGAUUACAGGUGAGGGUGUUAUCUCCGGUGAGAUUGUUAACCAAACUAAGAGAUGUUUAUGUUAGUAGUAUGCUGGCUUUCGCCGGAGAAAAGAAGAGGUUACCGAGGUCAGUGACGAAGAAGGAGAGUAGUGGUGGAGAGCUAGGACAGGCCAUUCCUAAGGCUCUAAAGAAGGGUUCAGUGAGAGGAGACUUUGAGAGGAAGAUGAUGAUUCAUAUAUAUAAUAGUCUUGUUGCUCCUAGAGAGCUUGAUAAGUCUUGUGUUAGUGUUGUUAGAGCUGUUAAUUAAUUAAGUCUUUAAGUAUAAGGGUUAAUUACUUUGUUGUAUCAUUUCAUGUGGGUGUGCUCUUGCAGAGAUAUGGUGAAUAAUUAUGAGCAUCAUUUGUAACAUGUUUUGGUUUUCAAGUUGUAUAUUUGUUUC